UGCCUUUCAGGCUUCAGGUCCCUGCUCUUCACCCGUGUCUUCGCGUCCCUCCGCUCCCCUAAAGAGCCCUUGUGACUCCUGUUGACCCAACGUAGUGAAUGCAGUUAGCCCCGGAGGCUAGUCCAGCCCGCCAACAGGGUCAUUCCCGCCGCCCAGGGUCGCCGGGACCGCGUGCCCACCAGCUGCCUCCUUCAACCAGAUUUUCAGCUACUGAUGUUACAAACAAUAAAAUAUUGGAGCAUAGAGUUGAAGAAAAGACUUAAACCAGAUUUUUCUUCAGUCAGUUAAAAAUAUGGAUCCUGAAUCAGAGGGACCACAGAUUAUCAAAGUGACACCUCUUCAACAAAUGCUUGCUUCCUGCAGUGGAGCUAUACUGACAUCACUAAUGGUGACACCCCUUGACGUUGUUAAAAUUCGACUCCAAGCCCAAAACAACCCUUUCUCCAAAGGAAAAUGUUUUGUGUAUAGUAACGGACUUAUGGAUCAUCUGUGUGUCUGUGAAGAGGAAGGCAACAAAGCGUGGUAUAAGAAACCAGGACGUUUCCAGGGUACAUUGGAUGCCUUUUUGAAAAUUGUUCGAAAUGAGGGCAUUAAAUCCCUGUGGAGUGGCCUUCCCCCUACCUUAGUUAUGGCAGUUCCUGCCACAGUUAUUUAUUUUACCUGCUAUGAUCAAUUAUCUGCUCUUCUGAGAUCAAAAUUAGGAGAAAAUGAAAGUCAUAUACCAAUUAUUGCUGGAAUUGUUGCCAGAUUUGGUGCAGUAACUGUGAUAAGUCCAUUAGAAUUGAUUAGAACCAAGAUGCAAUCUAAGAAGUUUUCUUACAAAGAAUUGCAUCAAUUUGUCAGCAAGAAGGUGUCUGAAGAUGGUUGGAUUUCCCUUUGGAGGGGCUGGGCUCCUACUGUUCUUAGAGAUGUACCAUUCUCAGCAAUGUACUGGUAUAACUAUGAAGUUUUAAAGAAGUGGUUCUGUGCAAAAUCUGGUUUAUAUGAACCAACAUUUAUGAUCAACUUUACUUCAGGGGCAUUGUCUGGUUCUUUUGCAGCUGUUGCAACUUUGCCAUUUGAUGUAGUAAAAACACAAAAGCAGACUCAACUUUGGAUAUAUGAAAGUCAUAAAAUUUCUAUACCUUUGCCUAUGUCAACCUGGACUAUCAUGAAGAAUAUUGUUGCUAAGAAUGGAUUUGCAGGAUUAUUUACAGGCCUCAUUCCCCGUUUAAUUAAAAUUGCUCCUGCUUGUGCCAUUAUGAUCAGUACCUAUGAAUUUGGGAAGGCUUUUUUCCAGAAGCAAAAUACUCGAAGACAGCAAUACUAGUGAUGCUGUUUCAACUGGAAAUAACAAAGUCAAGUAAUAAGAUGGAGACUGUUAGGCAAGAACUCUUUCACCAUUAUCUCAAAAUGAUUUUAUGUAUUUCGUAUAAUUUAAAUGAGCAGUAAUUUCUACUUUGCCUCUGAAUCAUAACCCUAAUUUUAAAAUAAAUUUUGUUAUGCUGAUUUUUGAGAUAUUGAAAAAGGUAUUCCAGAAAUCACAAUCAUUAAGUGUUCCUGUAAAGAAGAGAAAAAUUACUCCUUAGCACUGAAAGUGAAAAUCUCUUGGAGAGUUUGAUAUUCUAGAUUUCGGUAUAAUGUCACUGGAAAUGUGUCACAUAGAUCAGAACAGUUUGAAUUGUGUGCUGAAUGAUGUGCAGAGUCUAGCAGAAAAAUGCCCUUCCUUCAUACACACUUAAAUCAUGCACACAGAUACUUAAGUAUUCCAACAAAGUACAUAAUAGAUGGCAGUCUUUAACGUUAUUCACGUUUACCUAAUUACCUAUUAAAUACUUUAAUUCAAGUUUUGCUUUUGUUUUAUACCUCCCAUUGCCGUUUUAAGGCUUCACCCAUAUUAGGAUUUCUUCACCCAAAGGUAAUGGCUAUUUUAUCUUUAUGAACCAGAAUGUAACUGUUUAAUGUGAUAAAAAUAUUUUUGGUGACUAAAAACUCUGUAUUAUCUACUGUUUCUGCAAGAGAGAAGUCAUCUUUACUGAUUGUCUUAAAUGUUUGGCACAGUGAAUCUUGGGUGUACAGUGGGAAAAAACCACAUUAUAUUUAGCAUGGUAAAAAUAAUGUUUCAGCCAGGGAAGGGCCUUGGGUUUCAGCCAUCUUGGAAUUCAGGUAUCACUGUUUGUGGAGCUCUUGAGGUCACUUGUAUUGUCUUCUUCUAACAACACUGAGAUGAAUACAAUAUAAGCCACAAAAUACUUCCAAAAUGUCCCUUGAUUUUACACAUCUCAUGUUAGUAUGCUACAUCAAGAGACUAAAGAGGCAGCCGUUUCCCUGAAGAAAUAGCUUUUAGUCAAUACAGGCUAAUGCCUCAGUAAUGUAGCUUGUGGCUGUAGGAAUGAAACAAAGCUACAAUGGCAGGACAAAAAUAAUUUUUUUAAAAAAAUUUUCUCAGGAUCUAUAUCCCAUAAGAAAAAGCACUUUAUUGCAGUCUAUGUAUAUGCCUUGAAAUGUGAAGUAUUUUUUUUCCCCCUAAAAUAGAAUAGUAUAGGUAGGUGACAGAUCUCUAGUGUUGGUAGAGGAAUUAUGUAUUUUAUAUUUUAGUAGAAAAGAGUUCAUAUGUUUCAUCAGAAAUAAAAUAUAUAGGGUUUGUAUGUAAUCUUCUGUUUACUUUAUCCUGUGUUCAUUUAUCUUAAGUUUUGCAACAUUCAUAUCUAUAAAAUCAUAAAUGUUUGACUUUAACUUACAUUUUCAUUAAAAUAUUUUAUGCUUUCUUAAAAUUAUCACUGUGCUUCAAGCUGAAUAUUUUCAAAUAAAGUUAUGUUAAUGAUGUACUUUAUAUAAGAAAGUUUAUCUUGAACACUGCUGCUUAACGGUAUUAAAUUUAAAUUUACUUUU